GCUUUCGAUACGCAGCGGUCUUGUCGGCGCACGGUUCGUGAGUCCGAAAGAGAAGGCGAUGGGGGAAGUACGCUCUCAAGAAUACGAAGCCUGAGUGUCGGCUCAUGUUACCGUGCUACUUUCUGAUGUAACACCUUCACGGACCGUCGUUCUCUCGAACGUGGUUAAGCAGUUCUCACCAUGUUAAGAAAGAGGUCGUUCAAGCCGUCCUCGAUUGUGAACUUCAGUGAGGACAUCAAUGACCCUCCUCAGGAACCAGGCAUCCAUGUCUACAUCUUCUGGACCAGCCACGGGUCAAGGUGGUUGCGCCACACCAGUGGAGAAGAGGUCACGGCAGAGGACCUGUGCAUCACCGCUGCGAAAGGCGUAGGAAUAGCACCUCUGUGCCAUGUGCUGUUCGCUCUCUACAACCCACUGUUGCACUGCUGGUAUAGUCCAAACCACACUUUUAAUCUAGAGGAGAAAACAUGCCUUGUACUGCACUAUUGUAUGAGGUUUUACUUUAAGAACUGGCAUGGACUUAAUGAGAAUGAGCCCACUGUGUCCCGUUACAAUGUCGGGGACGGGACAAAUAUCACCUCUGGAUCACCUCUGCUUGAUAUCUCAUCCUUAGAAUAUUUAUUUUCUCAGGCCAAAUAUGAAUUUGUGAAUGAGGUAGUGCCGAUGGAGGAGGUUCAGUCAGAGGAAGAGUUGAACCGCUUCAAAAACGAGAGCCUCGGGUUGGCUGUGCUUCACCUCUCAUACGAGGCCAUGGAGAUGGACUGUAGCUUACAAAAGGCUGCUGAAAAAAUCAGCUUCCAGAAUUGUAUUCCAAAGUCUUUUGCCAAGCACAUUUCCAGAGACAACUUCUUGACUAAAAUCAGGAUCCGGCGAGUGUUUGCGGAAUUUGUACGGACCUUUCAGCAUCACACUGUGGACAAGGGGCGACUGGGCCCCCAGGAGAUCAUGUACAAGUACAUCUCUACCCUCGAACACUUGGUCCCACGUUUUGGUACAGAGACUUUUCCUGUAUUAAACCUGGAAGUGAGGGAGGGCGGGGAUGGGAGUAGCUCGUACUCCAACACCACCCACGCACAAGGCCACGCGAAAGACAAUUACAGAGCUCCUGCCACACAUGAAGUGAUGGUGUCCGGCACCAAGGGGAUUCAGUGGAGGAAGGUGGUCAGUCAGAAGGCACAGGAAAACCCUUACUUCAGGAAUGACUACAUGAACUACAAAGGGAAAACAAAACAGCAGUCCAGCCAUCCAAGCGCUGACAAUCGCAUUGAGUGGACCUCCUUCUGUGAUUUUCCUGAAAUAACUCACGUAGCCAUCACGGGAGCUAAUGUGUGCAUUAGCACUCAGGACGAUCGCUGCAUGGAGGUCGAGAUGAUCAGCAGCCAAGAUGCCCGCUCCUUUGUCUCCCUUCUAGAUGGAUACUACCGGCUGACUGCAGACGCCCACCACUAUCUUUGUCAUGAAGUGGCUCCCCCGAGGGUAGUGCUGAGUGAAGCCAACGGACUGCACGGACCUAUGCAUGAUGAUUUUGUGGUACUGAAGCUGAGAAAGGAGGCAGAGGAAGGCCUUUUCCUUAUACGCUGGAGCGCUAUCGAUUAUCAACGCAUCAUCCUAGCUGUGCUAGAAAAUAAGUACGGAGACCACAAGCAAUUUCGAAUUAUGCACUGGGGUUCAGUGUUCCGUCUGGAGGGCUGGGACCGAGAAUUCUCUAGUGUGAAGGAGCUCACGGACAGCCUCAAGACUUUUGUACUCAAGUCUGGAUCAGACAGUUUUACCAUCAAGAGAUGUUGUUUGCCCAGACAGGCAGAGCUUUCCAACCUCCUGGUGAUGAGGCAAAGCAUCGAUCACGGUGUUAACGCGGAACACGUGACCCUGAACAUUACCAGGCUACGCUUCCACCACAUCAAAGACACGGAAAUCAUACAGAAACAGCAUUUGGGCCGUGGGACCAGAACUAACAUCUAUGCAGGACGAUACCUGGUACGUGGAGGAGGAGAGAGCGAUGAUGAUGAGUCUAACAACAACUUUGCUGACCAGAAAGGAAUCCGGGUUGUUCUAAAGAUUCUGGAACAAAGCCUCAAACUGGCAUUUUUCGAAACCGCAAGUCUCAUGAGCCAGGUAUCCCACAGCCACCUGGUGUUCGUACAUGGUGUGUGUGUCAGAGGAUCUGAAAACAUCAUGGUGGAGGAGUUUGUGGAGUUCGGGCCUUUGGAUGUUUUCCUACGCAAAGAAAAGGCAUCCGUCAGCCCCCAGUGGAAGUUUAUCGUUGCAAAACAACUUGCCAGUGCCCUCAGUUAUCUUGAAACAAAACGGCUUGUUCAUGGAAAUGUCUGUGGGAAAAACAUCUUGGUGGCAAGAAAAGGUCUUGAACCUGAUACUAUUCCUUUUGUCAAGUUGAGCGAUCCGGGAAUUGCCCUCAGUGUUCUUUCACGAGAAGAGCGUGUGGAGCGUAUCCCAUGGAUUGCCCCUGAAUGCAUUGACAAAGGUGCACCCAUCAGCAUCGCCGCCGACCAGUGGAGCUUUGGUGCUACACUGCUUGAAAUCUGCAAUAACGGCGAUCUUCCCAUGAGUGGCAGCACAUUGUCCGAGAAAGAGCGCUUUUAUCAUCAAAAGGGCCGCUUAGCUGCACCAUCCUCCCAGGAACUAGCUAGCUUCGUCAGCAGGUGUUUGACCUACGAGCCCGGGGAAAGGCCGUCGUUCCGCACUGUGCUCAGAGAGUUAACAGAACUCAUGAUCAAAAAUCCUGAUAUCUCUCUCAGUGAAACCCUCCCUAACACAGACCCCAGCGUGUUCCAUAAACGCUACCUAAAAAAGAUCCGCGACUUAGGAGAGGGUCACUUUGGGAAGGUCACACUCUGCCAGUAUGACCCGUCCGAUGAUGGCACAGGAGAGCGCGUGGCAGUGAAAUCUCUGAAACAAGAUAACGGACACGUCCCGGAUGGGUGGAUGAAGGAAAUUGAGAUCUUGAAGUCCCUCGAUCACAGCAACAUUGUCAAGUACAAAGGUUGUUGCACCGAACUGGGUGGACAGGUGGUGCAGCUAAUAAUGGAGUAUGUGCCUCUGGGGAGUUUACAAAAGUACCUUCCUAAGUGUAAGCUGGGUGUGCCCCAGUGCCUCAUGUUUGCUCAGCAAAUCUGUCAGGGAAUGGAGUACUUGCACUCAAAGCGAUACAUCCAUCGAGACUUGGCUGCUCGGAAUGUCCUGGUAGAAAACGACAGUCUGGUAAAGAUUGGAGACUUUGGCCUGUCGAAAUACAUCCCUGAGGGUGAGAUCUACUAUCGUGUCCGUGAAGAUGGAGACAGCCCGGUGUUCUGGUAUGCCAUUGAGUGCUUGAAGGAGAGCAAAUUCUCCUUCUCUUCCGACAUUUGGUCUUUUGGUGUAACGUUGUAUGAGAUCCUGACUCGAUGUGACUCUCGCCAAAGCCCUCCAACGAAAUUUUAUGAAAUGAUGAAAAUGAUGGAGGAAAACCACCAACAGAUGACUGUAAUGGUUCUUAUAAAACUGUUGGAGAAACAGCAGCGAUUGACUUGCCCCAGAGAAUGCCCCCACGAGGUAAAGCUAUUGAUGGACCAGUGCUGGGCUGCAGAACCUUCAAAGCGGCCAUCUUUCAGGUCCCUCAUUGAAAGGCUUGAUGCCAUUCGCCGAACAUAUGACUGGCACUCAAAUAUAAACUUUUCCUUGGCUCAAGUCUGCUGAUCAGGAUUCAGUGAAGAACUGCUUGUCUACAUGUCAUCAGUUUGUCUUGAAUGUUGCAGAGUAUCCAGUCUUGUGUGUUCUUCUGGGCCAUGCUUACUGCCUUUAUUUACACAGAUGCUUCUGUAGACAUUUUGAAUAAGGCACAUUACUAUCCUCACAUAUGUGAUACAAACACAAUAAUAACCUCAGUCUCUGUGUUAUUUUCCUGUUGGAUUAGUUUGCAUAUCUAUCACAGUAAGUAUUAAAAUUCUGUAGGGUUGGGAAGUUAACUGUUUUUUCAUUAAUGGCUGUAUGACAGUAUAUGCUCACUUGAGUUUCAUUUUGUAUAACAAAAACAAAUGAAAUUAGACAUUUAUUACAGAAUA